AACUACCAGCUGUCGAAGUCGGCUCCACAAAUUGUGGAAGGAUCAAACCUGACGGAAAAUAAUUCAAAGUCGGAGGCCAGCCUGGUGGCCAUGGACUUCUCAGGGAAGGCUGGAGGACGGGUCAUCCAGAACCCGACGGAGGCCCAGAACGCAGAGAGGGAGGAAGGACAAGCCUGGAGGAGGAGAGAAGCUCUGAGGUGCAGCCUCCCCAACCUGAGCUCUGCUGCCAGGCCGUCCUCCAUCCACAGGACCCAGCCCUGGUUUCAUGGCGGCGUCUCAAGAAAAGAAACUCAGAGGCUGAUAGAGAAGCAGGGGCUGGUGGACGGGAUGUUCCUGGUCCGUGAGAGUCAGCAACACGCUCAGUGCUUCGUCCUGUCGCUGUGUUACCAGCUGAAGACCAAACACUACCUGGUGAUCCCUUUCGAGGACGGAGGCAGGAAGUACUUCACCAUGGACGACGGCCUGACCCUGUUCAUCGACCUCCUGCAGCUGGUGGAGUUUCACCAGAUCAACAAGGGCAUCCUCCCCGUCUGCCUCAAACACCCCUGCGUCUGCGUCGCUCUGUAAACCCGCAGCUGCUCCGCCUGCCUGUGACCUCUGACCUUUACUGUAACCUCUCCCCCCUGACCCAGGAUCAGUCGGGCUCGUCAAUGUCAAGUCCAAAGUGUGUCUGCGUCACCACAGCGCUCUGAUGUCUGCGAGGCGCCGCUGAUGAAGAGCAAUUAGACGACUGGAUUUCCUAAUCAGCGAAGAGCCAGAGCGGUUCAAAGGUGUGUGUCUGAGCGAUAACGUUAUCACAGCGGCUGUGAGACGUGGACUCACGGGACUGAAGCCGAUCCUCCGCCCCACCUCUCUUUAAUAAUUUUAAUUAUCCUCCACGACGGCCCCAGACAGUGGUGGGGUUUUUUUUUUUUUAAUUAACGAGCCACGGUCCCAGCGGAGACGCCUUAAUUAGCAACGCCGGACGGACGUUUUAGCUUCAGGGAUGUUUGGAGAGUUUUAUAAUCACGUGCACUUUGAUUCAUACCCAUGCAGUCGUGGUGAGAAGGUUCACUGUGACGAGGGCAGCACUGUAACUCAUGGACGACUGUGGCCAUCAGAGGGCGCUCCGAGUCAGGGAUCGACAGAAGGGUUCAUGGGAGUUGUGAAAUGGUGAAAAUCCCCAGGUUGCCGUCAUGUAGCACGGAGCUUCUCACGCUGUGUGAGGUUCUGUACACUCACCUCUCGAUGUGCCUUCAGUCUCAUGUUUUAAUCAGAACAAACUCCAUCAACUCUUCUAACGCUGGAUUUGCACAACGAGGGUGUUUGCAACAUUUGGACGUUUGAUAAAUUAAACCUGUGAUAAUAAGUUUUAUACAUGAAAACAUUAAAAAAAUGUAAAAUCUAACUGCAGAGGACGACUCUGGAAAACAGUGACUGUCCUAAGUGGACUUUAACUCCGAACCUUCACACGUCUGUUGUUUCUGAAAAGUUUACGCUUAAGUUUCCAUUAAAUCAACGGAUUUUCAAACGAAUCAUCGAGAACCGGCCGUGAGCUGAAUGAAUGAUUGUGACGUUUACAUCGAGCUUCUAAACUGGAUGAUUGAGACCAUGUGUUGUCGCUGGGUGUGAAAAAACAUUUUGCACUUAUUAUUUCAAGACGUCGUGACAGAAACAAAUAUAUCGUCAAUACAGAACUUUUUAUAUCAAACAGGGUUCGUUAGUUUUAUGUGUCAUCACUUGUGCGUCUUUUAUAUGUUGAAUAAAUAAUUUCAUAUUAAA